AUGCUUGCAGCGCUGGCACACUGCGCGCACGCGCGAGUGUCGUUGGGCGAGGCCAUAGAGAUGCAAAGCACUGAAAUAAGAAAUAUUAACGCCUUCAUCAACCCAAGAGGGCCGCUCUGCCUGCUGCGCGGGUUCGUCUACUCCGAGCUAGGCUACACACACAACAAGCGCUUCUUUUCGCCUGAAAUAGAAACUGACUACAAAGUGGAGCCCGUUGGGGAUGUUGAAACCACACGGAAGCACAAAUACACAAGAAACGCGCAGAAGGACAAGCCCUACCCGCCCGCGGAGGGACCCGCUCUGAGCUCCAAGCCUGCCGACAAAAACUACACUGUGACGUACCACCGCGCGCUCAUCGAGAUGUUUCCGUCUGUGGACGGGCACACCCUGUCGGUCGCUGUCGCCCGAGAGGACUCCUUCUUCCAGGCUCUGCAGAGAAUGCCCAGCAAACAGCAUGUGCACUACGUGCUGGCUGCGCUCCUCCUGCUGAGCGAGGGCGUGGACGUGCCCAUUGAGGCCACACAGAAAGAAAUAGCGCUGGGAACAAGCAUUCUUGGCAACUUGCCGCCAGAGCACAGAAAAACUGUGGCAGAGAAAAGCAGCACAGUGUUUAAAACAAAAAAAGACUUGUACAAAAAGGCUGCCCAGGUCAUAAACUUCUUCAAAGACAACAUGCAAAAAGAAAAACUUCCGUGCAUGCAAAGCGACUUCAGCACCGGCGACUUUCUAAACACGCCGCAGUUCCUCAUCCAGGCAUAUGUCUUUGAGUACAUAAAGAGCAAGGACGACGCCCUGGACUUCGCAGCGUGCGUGCACGCCAUCCUCACAAGCCUGCCAGAAGACAGCUGCAAAGACGUAUACAGCGCGUGCUUUGUGGAGAGUAAGGCCGAGGCCGAGGAAGACGAGCUUCUGCGCCAGCUUGUGCAGAUUCAGACAAAAAUGAAGAUUCUACAGACGUUCCCGUUCGUCAGCCCAAACAUGCUGCCAGCGUACACAAGUGUGCAUGCCUGCAAGAGAGGCCAAACCGAGUUUCUGAAGGAAACCUUCAGCAACUGCGUGGAGACCGGCCUGUUUGCGCUCUUCUGCUGCCUUGCACACGACCCAGACCAGAAAGAAUACGACGCGG